AUGGUGGAGCACCAGGAGGGGAGUGGACUCGAGGUGGCCUUCGCGCAGCUGGCCACGUGCACGGCCGGCCACCACGUCAGGAAGUCCCGGAUCAGGAAGCUGCUGGACAUCAUCUCCGACCAGGACAAGAUCCACUCCGUUGACACGCUGUCGGUGGUGAUCCUGGCUCUGCACUGCGCCCAGCACCAGCGUCGCCACGACCUCCGCCGCUUCAUCGACCAGGCGAUGGCAACGCUGCUGCACCAACAGGAGCCCGACGGAGCCUUCAACUCCAACCUGCACUCCACCGCCCUCGCCCUGCAGGUCAGGCCACGCUCUGGCGGGUCCUGGAACGCCACCCGCGCCCAGGAGUACAUCAUGUCCCACCAGCGGCCCGACGGCUCCUUCGGCGGCCUCUUCGACACCAACGCCGUCCUGCCGCUGCUCGGGGGCCGCACCCUGCUCGACGUGGCCAUUCGACGCUGCCCGAGGGUCGAGGAGGACACCGUCGACCAGGAGGAUGCGGAGGUUGACAACUUCGACGCCCCCGACGGAGAGCCGCCCGUGCCCACCGAGAACCCCGACCAGACCACGCCCACGCCCGCAGCGGAGGUCAUGGCCAACAUCACGUACAUCAUCUGGAAGGGAAACAACGCCACGGAGAACUUCAACCUGACCUUCAGCGUGCCUGCGAACACCUCCUUCCUCACAGUCAUGAAGAUGGCAGCCGAGCAAGACGAGCGCUUUGUGUUCUCGGCGUCCCACUGGGGGAACGGCUUCUACAUCCACACGCUGUCGGGGGCGAAGGAGCAGAAGCUGGGCUACUGGUUCUGGCUGUUCUACCGCCUCCCGGAGCCCCCUGUCCCGGGCACGAAGCCGGACAACAAAUACGUCGUGGGCACAGGCGUCCAGGAAACUCUGGUGCGAGACAAGGACAUCUUCCUCUUCUGGUUCCACCAAAUCUAGUCGUCUCUGCCUGCCUCCUCCCCUUCCUCCUCCUCCUCCUUCUCUCCUCCUCUUCCUCCACCACUCACCCCCUCAC